UCAGAUUCAACUCAAGUCGAAACAUGAAAAACGUGUUUUAAACUUUUCGUCUUGUUUAAGCAAAGCUUUCGACCAUAUCUUACAAGUGCACCUUGUUCUAACCAUUCUACGCACGUUUGAAUUUAAUUCAUUUUUAUACUUUUCAAGUAAAUUUAACCAUUUUGUUACUUAAAACCAGGCAUAUCUGUUUGUUUUCUUACUAUACAUACAAUUAGUCUCACCCUGAUCUUUUUUUAAAUUACCUUUUUUCGACAAAAUUCGUGAAAAAGUGGAAUUAUUAGUAGAUUAGUAGCGAGUUAUAAUAGCGAUUAUGAUUGGUCAAGCGUUAGUGAAUGGGAUAUUCUGCUGUCUGCAGCUGUCAGCCGUCGUCUUUUGUUUUGUGGCCCUGUAUACUAACCAGUGGAUCAGGGAAGUCCAACCCAAAGAUUCAAAUGACAGGUAUUUCGACAGAGUUGAAGCUUUACAUAACCAGGCUAUGCUCACUGGCCUAGAAGAUGAAGUUUUGUCAUCCAUCGGACUGUUCAGGAUCUGGGCUAGGGGUGACGAGUCAUACCCACUUCCUAUUGUGGACACGGAGGUGAAGCUUUGCAAGGUGUGUCUCUUCAUGUGCAUUCUGAUUGGGUCUGCAUGUCUCUACUCUGUCUUCUUCCAACUAAUCAGCGACGUCUUCACAGAACACGUGGCCUACGAAAUAUUCAUCGGAUGGACUUGCGCAUUCCAAUCUAUUCUGACGCUAGCGGGAACGGCAACCGCUAUGCGGUACUUCCAGAAGUCAUUCAGCUACGAGACGAGUGGCCUCUCCCUUUUCAUGGGUUGGAUCGCCUUCUGCAUCCAACUGAUGCUCAUCGUCUGUUGUCUCUUCAAAGUCCUCUUAACUCGCAACAAAGUGAAGGGAAUCAGGGCGGAGGAAAAGCGACAGAUGCAAGCCUUAACUUGGAACAGACCAAGACCGGUUGACGAAAAACUGACUAUGCGAUCUGCAACAUCUGAGAACAGAUUGUACCAGCCAGCUCCCGCCCAAAACACCCCGCGAUACGCAACUGCGGACCGAGGAGGCUUCCACCGCCCGGGUGUAUACAGCCCGCAACAGUUCCGAGACGACUACCCCGCCCCGAGACGAGCCCACUCUUACGACAGCAAACAGUUCGACGGACACCAAUCGCCACCGCCGAUGACCGCUCGGAACGACCGAAAAGACUCGUACAGGUCCUAUGAUCAGGGUGAUUUACCGAGAUAUCGCUAAGAAUUACGCGAAUAACACAACACGAGAUCCAGCUAGUUCAAAAAACAAUUUGUGAACGGUUUGGAAACAAGAAUGGAUCACAAUAACUGAUUUUCUACAUUUGAAUGACUGGGUAUUAACGAACAUUUGAAAAUUUCAUUAUUUUUGUGUACAUAAAUAGAAUUAUUGAUAUCAACUGAGAUAAGUUAACGAUUUCCUUUUUUGUAAUUUUAUAUCUAAUAAGCUUUGAAAACUUGACUUAAAUAACGAA